CAUGGCCAGGCAAGUUUCGAUUCGGGAGCCUCAUGAUUUGACCUCACAGUAUCGACCGCCAAUGGAUCAACGCAGACCAGGUGGUUCUUACCCUACAAGACCUGUGUCAAAGGGUGGGAUACGACAGCCUCCAAGAGGCGGCGGCGACCCUGAAGGCACGGACGGCGGGGUGGACACCCUGCAGCGGGAAAAUCAGAGUCUUAAGAGGCGACUUGAUGAGGAAUCUUCUAACUACCGUCGUCGUCUCGACACAUACAAACAAGCGCAGCAACACCAAGCUGCCCUCGUCAGCCGACUCCAAUCAAAGGUCCUACAAUAUAAACAAAAGUGCUCAGAGCUGGAGAACCAAGCUCUUGAUGGAGCUGCUGAGCCGUCCCUUGCUUCAAGAAGUUAUUCCGGUCCGAAGUCUUUAGAUUUGUCCCAACAGUAUUUAUCAGCUAGCUCUGGGGACGUCAGGGAUGAAAGAAUUCCAGAUCUUGAUUCAGCAAUACGCCGCCUGGAUGAAGAGAAGCGAAAAAAUCUGCGCUUGAGAGAACAGCUGGAAGAGAGCUACAUAUCAAAUGACACGCUGACUUCCGAUUUGCAGAAACUCACAACUGAUUGGGAAAAUUUGAGGGAUGAACUUCUCGUCAAAGAGGAUGAGUGGAAAGAAGAAGAACAGAGCUUCAACGAUUAUUAUUCUGCUGAACACGGGAGACUUCUGAAUUUAUGGCGUGAUGUAAUUUCCAUGAAAAGGGCUUUUGUUGAUGUUAGAGCCACAACAGAACAGGAUCUGGCCAAGUUGCGCUCUGAGCUGACAAAUUCCACUCAUGAAAUGAACUCUGCGUGCCAAAAUUUGGCAAAUUUCUAUGACAGAUCUAAUCGUUCGGACGAAAAAUCACAGCGCCAGCAAGAGCAAGAGCUUUCUCACUUGCGUGCUGAAAUAAUUAAGCUGCAAUCCAUGUUUGACGCUGCUCAAGCAGAUAUUAAAAGCAAAGAUGAGCAAAUCCAAGCAUUACUUCACGAUAUGAAGAUCUUGGAGGACAAGUGCGAUAAUGCUGAGCAAGGAGCUUCUCUAGUGCAGAGAGCACAAGAAGAACUUGCCCUUCUGCAAAAUGCGCUCCGUGACAUCGCUCAUGCCGUUCUGCAAGAUGCCGAAAAUAAAAACGCAGACGCAAAUGUCCAACCAGCUAGUCAUCUGCAUCUCUCUGCAACACCAAUGAUGCCACCACGCACACCCAAAAGUAACCUUAUGCGGACACCAACAUCGCCAGCUUUUGCUGAGAGUACCAUUUCAGCUGUUCAAGCUGCUCUUCACAAACAUCAGCUCCAAGCUCAUGAGUUGCAUAAUAAGCUGAAGACAACACAGGAUCAACUUAUGUUGUUCCGUCGUCAGUGUGAAGCAUCCGAUGAGAACGGUCAAGCCUUGGAGAAUCAUGUUGUUGAUCUUACGUCUCAGCUAGACAGCACUAAAGCUUUAGCUAAUCAACUAACUCAGGAAAAAGAUUCCCUGCAAAAGACAUUGGAAAACCUUCGAGCCGACAAGAAUAAGCUAGAAAGGAAUCUGAUUGAGUUAAAGGGGAAGAUGGACAGCUUGAGCUCUGAUUUUGAAAAAGCACAAAAAUCUAAUGCAAAGCUUCAAAAGUGGGCCGAGAGACUUGAAAACGAUAAAAUGAUCAUGCGAGAUGACAUCGAGCGCAUGAAUCGAGAUUCUGAAAUCAGAGAGUCUAAUUUGAAAGCUGAAGUAGAGCGUUGUGGCAGACUCAGAGAGGACCUAAUUAACACCAGGGAAGAGCUCAACAAGCUUUAUCUUGCUAAAGAUGUGUUGGAGCAGCAAAAAAUGGACUCGGAGAGUGACAUUUCUCUACUUGAAAAAAGCAAAAGUGCUCUUGAAAUGGAGCUGGAGCAAGCACUCCUUGAAAGAUCUGAUGCUCAUGAGACCCUGGUCAAGUUGGAUAAUAUAAACAAGAGCCACGUCCAAGAUAAAGCUCGACAACAAGAUGAUAUUAAGAGGCUUUUGGAUGAAAAUAAUAACCUAAAGAAUCAAUGUUCUGAUCAUCAAAAUGACAUUGAAGCUCUACGCAAGGAACUUCUUCAGGCAGAACAGAAUCGUCUAGAUUUGGAGUCGGAAAAGAUAUCCCUUCUUGAAAAAAUCAAGUAUGGCGACAUGGACAGGGAGAAGAUCCAUAUCGAGUUGACACAAGUUUCCCGAGAGCGCACGGAGCUGACAAAGCAGAUUCCAAUCCUUGCUCGUCAAAAGGAAGAGUUGAACGAAGAAGUUCAAAGAAUUAAACAACGAUUGGAGCAGGCUAUUGAAACAAAUGCCAGGCUGAAUAGGGAAAUGAAUAUUUUGGUCAAAGAUAAAGAAGAAACACAGGUGAUGCUUGAAGCAACAGAAAAAGAGUUGCAAAGGUUGCACGAACAGCACGCUGCGCUUAGAAGUGAAAAGGAGGCAUUGGAGGCUGUUCUUUUUGACACUCAAAGUAGCCUUGAGGCUUCAGAAGUCAGAGUUGUUACUCUGGAGAAAGAGCUGCAAGCACUUCUUGUAACUCAAGAAAGCCUCAAAGGCCAAGUGGCACGACUUCAAUCAGAGCUAGAAAAUACCCAGAAGAAUUUGAGGGAAACAAAAUCCAACUUGCUGCAGCAAAUGGGCAACAAAGACGCCGAAUAUAAAGAAACCCUUGCCUCGUUGAAAAAACAGAGUGACGAAACAACAAGGAAGCUGGCAGAGGAGCGUGAGCAAGUAAGGGCAAAUUUGGAAAAACGGAUGCAGCAAGCUAUUCAACAAUUGGAGAAUGAGAAGGAGCAUGAGACAGGACAACUCAUGAAUAGAAUUGACGAACUGCAGGCUCACAUGGAAGCUUUGAUUCAGCAACACGAAGAAAAUCUACUCAGAGCUGAAAAUGACAAACAGCAAGCUCUUUUACUUGCCCAUCAUGACAUUCAAGCUCUACAGGAUAGACUGGUCCAGAUGAAGAAAGAUUUUGACGAGGAGGCAGCAAUGCUGGAAAGGGUCAAGCGAGAGGCAGCUUCAAGGGCUGAGCAAGACAGGGGUGUAAUGAAUCAACUAAGAGAUGAGCUUUCUAAAAUCAAAGCAAAGCUGGAAGACCUCAAGCAAAGAACAGAAGACGAAAAGAACCAUAUGGAGGCGCGCAUUGCUGAGACGAGGAAAGAAAGAGACUCGGUUCAGCAUGAUUGUGACGAGCUUAAAGUUCAGCUGCAUUUGAUUGAAGAUAGAUCAGAGAAUUUGCAAACUGAGCUGCAUGAAACCAACUUCAAAUUGAAAGAAUUGGAAAAUUUGAGCGACACGUUAAAAAAAGAUCUUAAUGACACUAGACGGCAACUUGCAGAGAGUAACUGCGAAAAAGAUAAAUAUGGCCUUACAAACAAGGAUUUGCGAGAGCAAGUGAGGAGAACAGAAGGAGAAAAGAGAGAGCAAGCUCGAGCUCUUGAAGAUGCAUUCCAAAAGAUAAGCAUUCUAGAGGAUGCAAAGACAGGCUUAGACACUGAGCGAACACGGCUUCAACUUCAAUUGCGUGACGUUGAAAAUGCUGCUCUUAUAACUGGUCAGCAACUGUCGGCAAUGAAGGAAGAAAAGCAAAAGUUGGAAGCAGCUUAUUCACAACUCACUCAAGUGCACAGUGAGCUUUCUUCAAGGCUUACAAAUGAGACCGACGAAAAAGAACGAGCACAGCAAGAGAUGCAUCAGCUCAGAAAACAGAUGUCGGAGCUAGGCAAUGGUUUGGAAAUGAGCAGACAAGAGCUGUCCAGAAUCCGCUCAAGAGCAGCAGAAGAAGAGGAGAGGUGGCGAGGCAGUGAACAAGCUCUGUUGGUGAGGAUCGAAGAUGGUCGUGUGCGCGAAAGGAAACUGGAAGACCAAAAACACAAUAUCGAAGUUUGUCUUGCCGAUUCAAACCAACAAAUCCAGGAGCUCAAAGCCAAACUUGGAGGUGCAGAAGGCAGGGUUAAAGCUUUAGACGGACAACUAAGCAACCUAGAGGCUGCAAAGAAGGAGACGGAACAACGAUUAAGCAGCGUUGGCUCCACCCUUAGAAGAAUUGCGGGCAUUCAGCUUGACGGCAGUGUGACUCUGCCUUACAGACUGUCGAGUCCAUCAAGGAGAUGGAGUCCCGCAAGAUAUCACAGGAAAGAAGCAGAAGAGAAAGGAGCGGCUGAAAUGAUUGACGUUGACCCAGAAGUCGUGCGUAAAGGAGUACGAUCUCUGAUGCAACAAGUUGCUCAGAUCGAAAGAGAUAGGGAUGACUUCAAGAAUCAAGCUUGCGCCACUCAAAAGCAGUUGAAGGAGGCUUUAGACGCUCAGGGAAAAGGAGAUUCGAGAUUGACUAGCGCAAUGCAAACUAUCAGAAGCCUGCAGGAUGAAAAGAGCAAACUUGUUUCCAAGCUUGGACAAAAAGAUGUCUCUAUUUCAGCGCAGGCUGAUGCUCUUCAGCAAAAGUCAGAGGAAAUUUUGACUAUGCGGGAAAGGGUGACUGCGCUUGAGCUGAACCUGCAAAGUGGGCAUGAUGAAAAGGCUCAGUCAGAGGAAAAAAUUGAUCGCCUCCGUCAAGCAAUAAACCGUCUGGACCAAGAAAAGCGCAGCCUGCAAGAAGAGUUGGCUAGGAGUGAAUCUCGGGGCACUAAGCUUGAGCUUCAAAGAAUGUCCAUGGAGGGAGACCUGCAAAGAUUGCAAAUGAUGAUUCAGGAAAAAGAUUCUCACUGCCAGAAAUUGCAAGACAAGGCAGAGGCUCAAACAAGAACAAUCGCCAGUCUGGAGGAGAGAUGCGCCUCUCUUAAAACCACAAUCGACCAGCUAAAUUUGUCCCUUGAGCAAGCAGCUACAUCAGAUAGAGAUCUGAGAACGGAAAUCAAAGAUCUCCAGAGAACAUUGAUGGACACAAGCAGCUCAUCUCAAAACGCUGGUGAAAAAUUAAAACAGAUUCAGAAAAGUUUGCAAACUAGUGAAAACGAAAAAAGAGUAUUGGUCGAAAAACUUGAGUCAGCACAAAGUUCUGCGACUGAUUUGCGACGAGCUCAGUCUCAAUUGACAGAGCAGAUUCAGAGAUUGCAGUCCGAGCUUUCGAACAGCGAAUUGAAACGCUCCAGUUUAGAAACACAGCUUCGACUCUCAUCCUGGCCAAAUAACAAAGAAGCCACGGAACGAGACGAAGAGGCACUCAGGCAGUUACAAACAGCUCAGAGGGAAAAGUUGGAGUACAAAGCAAAGGCUGAUGCCCUUUCUGAUAAGGUUCGGCAGCUGGAAAGAAAUUUGGACAGGUCAAAAUCAAUGUCAAGAACAUUUGAUGGCUCUGCAGACAAGGGCGAUUCGACAGACCUUGAACACGAGCACGAAAUUCGGGAGUUGAAAAUGAAGAUUCGCCAUCUAGAGAACCAGCUGGCUGAUAAGGGUGCUGAUUAUUCAAGAAGCAGAUCGCAUCAGACGUCUAUGCUUGACCAAACAGCAGAGGUUGAGAGGCUCCGAAGUUCCCAACAACAAGCGGAACGAAUGCUCGAUAACCGAGAACAAUCUCACAGGCAGCAAGUUAUGAAGCUUGAAAAUCAGAUCCAGCUCCUGCGUGAACAGCUAAGCCAAGAGGUGAAACGAAGGCAACUUUACAUUUUGCGUAGCUCGAGGGCUGGCCGAGAAAUGCAGCAGCUGCGGCAAGCCCUAGGCGAUUCCCUUCACACAGUGGCCCAUGACCCUGGCUUGGAUUCCAUGCUCCUGGAGCACGAGGCGCGGAAACUGGAUUCAGCCACCAGUUUGGUUCCCGACCUAGGUCGAGGUCGCUCGACAACCCCUCACAAGCAGUAAAUAAUAUUAAUCACUGUUGCUGUUCGAAUCUCUAUUAGAAUCUUAUCCUAUAGUUAAUUGUUGUUGUGAUGCACCCUCAAGGAAGUGCACCAGUGAUCAACAGCUGGGUUUGGUCUUGUGAUUCAAGACCAAACUCUAAGUUAACACAUGAUGAAACUUUUUAGUUUUUUCCAUUUAUCAUUGCUAUGAUUUUUGAUAACAAUUUCUAUUGAGAGCAUUAAUGCAAUAUUUUUUAACGCAAUGAGACUUGGAUAAGUAACCAAAACUAUUUGUACUUUUAAAAAGUCUGCAUCAAUUCUUGCUUUGCAAGAAUCUUUAACAGAUGUCCAGACGGUUUUGUCUCAUUGAAAGUUAAACAUUGUACUUACUAACAUUUUAUAAUUUGAUAUUUUAAGGUAUGGAACAUAUCAUCAAUCUUGCUAGUCUCACAAAAUAAGGGCUUAAAAGUUUUGUAAACCCGUGUAGGAUUAGUAAAAAGUUAUUAAAGCAUAACCUAAAUAUGUUAAUUUUUCCACAAGAAAAACGAGUCUUGGUCUGUGCGUACAAGAAAGUUAAAUGCACAAAGUGAUCAUUUUUUUAGGUUUUGGCUGCGAUGCAGUCUUUUAAUUAUCCGUCCAAAGUAAAGUGAAUGUUUUAAGUAAACAAGGAUAGCCUACUGACGUGUAACUGAUUUCUUUUUUAUAUAGCAAAUAAAAACAAAAUAUAAUUAUAACUCAUA